GCAGGCCUCUCUUAUGCCCUUUCGCGAAGAACUGAUAGUGAGGACAGGUUCCUGACUCACCGCUGUUCGCUUGGAACUUACGAAUAAGUCGGUCAGGAAUAUAAAGAAAAAUGGUAAAUUUAUUUUUCUUGAACUAUACGCAAAAAUCAUCAUAUAACUAGCUCACAAUGCGGAGACUGUAGAUGGACGAACAGUCCGGUAGCGUUGGUCGCUCUGAAUCCGGGCGGUUGCACGUGUAGUAGCUAGGGAAGAUGGCUAGGUAGCGAUUCAUUUUGGGGGAUGGCUUUCUGCCAAUUAAUGGGUGUAAUCAGAUCAUGUUGAAGUAGUUCUGAGUUGUCUUGAUGUGAGGAGGUAUAGUUGGGUAGCUUCUAAAUGAGACAAGGAACUGAAGUAUGUACCCAAUCUGCCUGAUUUUUGGCUUUGCCUAGUUGGCUAACGAACUAACGUUAGCUUGUUAGCCAACAGGACAUUUCCCUCCCUUUUCAGUAUUGCUUCCCCCAUAUGCUAAAUAACUUUUUUUGACAUGAAGGCUUGGCUAACGGACUUUGAAUCCUUAAGUGUAGAUUGUUUAUACAUCUUGUCACCAAACCAUGGCAUUGUACAUUUUAAUAUUUCAGUUAGCACUAGUUAGGUAGUUAACGAUUGAUUCUCUUUACAUUUAAAGUGGCCAUUGAAACAGUAGGAUGUAUCCCAGAUGGUGCAGUUACUGAAAUAAUCAUUCAUCCCUCACUUUAUUUCUGGAGCUUGGAUUUAGAACCGUCAGAAUUGGCUACCUUGCAUGCAUACAUUCAUUGCUUCAACACUUAUGGCUGAGGAUACAAACGUGCUAUGACAAAUUCUGAUUCAUAAUACGCUAUUCUGAGCAGGACUACACAUUGAAGCACACAUUCAACUUAGUUGCCCUCUUUUUACAUGCAUCAUUCUUUCCUUGCACCUGUAGGCGUUCAAGGACACCGGUAAAGCCCCUGUUGAGUCGGAGGUUGCCAUCCAUCGCAUCCGUAUCACACUCACCAGCCGCAACGUCAAGUCUCUGGAAAAGGGUAAGCUCAUUUUAAAUACUAUAUUAACUUUGUCAACAUCUUUGGCUAUGAGGAUAAACACUUGAUAUGACAUAGCUUAAGCUAUGACAAAUUCUGAUUCAUAAUACGCUAUUCUGAGCAAUGUGGGCCCAUUGAUAGCACGUUGACGCGCACAAUGUCGCCCUCUUUUGACAUGCAGCCAUUUUACUUUGUGUCCUUAGUAUGCGCAGACCUUAUCCGUGGAGCUAAGGAGAAGAACCUCAAGGUGAAGGGACCCGUCCGUAUGCCCACCAAGGUAUGUACAAUGGACUAGACUUUUCCGCAUCCUUGACAGCCUGGGACUCCCAUCUGUGGUCUACCCCGGGUCUCUAUAGAGGUGAUGCCAAAUCAAUGACCCUUCGCUUUCUGCCCGUUCCCCCAGUGGCGGCUCGGAUUGAAUAGGGGACGACAUGACAAUUUGUUAAGAAAACAAAACGGUCACUAGGACUAAACUGGAAUGAGGGGAAAUGGUAGUUUGUUUUCCACCAGAUGGCAUUAAGCUCCAGGGAAAGGUGUUAAGAAGUUGUGCUGGUGUUAACUUAGUCAAAAUAUUUAAUGACUCUUCCUCUCACCAUUUGAUGGGUGGCAUCCUGUUUUAUUUUCUAAUCUCAUUUCAGACUCUGCGCAUCACCACCAGGAAGACCCCCUGUGGAGAGGGUUCCAAGACCUGGGAUCGUUUCCAGAUGCGGAUCCACAAGCGUCUGAUCGACCUGCACAGUCCCUCUGAGAUUGUCAAGCAGAUCACCUCCAUCAGCAUUGAGCCUGGUGUAGAGGUUGAGGUCACCAUCGCUGACGCAUAAGCUGUUUUGUACCCCAUGCAAUAAAACCUGGAAACAGAA